UGCAUCUGCAUUUUUGCAUAUUAGAAUAUAAAUUGCAGCUGUUUGGUUCUUGUUUUUGUAAGAAAUGAAAUUGAAGAUCUAGGCUUUGAAAUUUGAGGUUUGAGAACAGAAAAAGAUAGCUAAAAGAGAGGAGGACUACGAAGACUACGAAUGAGAAGACAAAGUUCAUCAAGCGUUCAAGGUGAAUUCAUACAACCUGUUGCAUCAUCCUACCACUCUUGGCCACGUUACGAGAGUCGUGGUGGUGGUCGUCUGUUGAGAAAUUUGCCUGGGCCAAUGGGUUUUCGAGGAGGCCGUUUUGGUUAUGGACCAAUGCGGAUGCCUCGUGGAGCACCACGAUUCAUGUACGGACGUAUCAUGAAGCGAGGAUUCGUGCAGAGGAGACCAUUUGAAUUCAAGAAAUUGCCUGAAGCAGCCAAAUACAAAGAGUAUGCGGUUGCUCCCGACAAUAUAAUAUGCUUCUCAGGCUUUCAGAAUGUUUUCACGGCCCAACACGAUUUUCCACUGGAAAUCGAUGGUCGAGUGUAUGACAAUGUGAAUCAUUUUUAUCAGCUUGCCAAAACCGAAGCGCUGUGUGGCGUUACAUCGUUGCUAAUGACAGAAUGUGUUGAAGUCGAUGGUUCAUCAAAAGCGGCACCUAAAGACUAUAAUACACUUGCACGAAAUAUCUUGAAAAUCAAUAAAGUGAGUAGAAGCGCUGCGGAAGAAUGGCGGAAGGGUCCUGGUCUUGAAGCAAUGCAGCGUGCAUUGUUAGCAAAAGUUGAACAGUGUGAAGAACUUCGAAAAGAAUUGACGGAUUCUGGCGACAAGUUACUUGUACAUUGUUUCGGUGGUGACGAUUUUUAUGCAAGUGCUUGUAAUCACAACUAUAUACAGGACUGGGCGAAAAGCAUGCAAAACAACAAAGUUGUGAUUAAAAUUCCAAUGGAAUUCCCAUUAACUAAUGAAACUGUUCUCUCAAUACCCAAGUUCGGUCUUGGCCGAAAUGUCCUGGGCGUAAUUUAUAUGCAAUUAAGAGAAAUGUUACGUGACGGUGUUUUACCAUACAAAGGAAAAACAAACAAGGCAUCAAGUGAAAGUCAAAGUAUGGAAAUGCAAUCUGAGGAACUGGCAGGGCCAAGUAUUGUUCCGAGCGUACCGGCACCACUUAAGAGUGACACGCGUGAGAAUAGUUCAAGUGAUGGUUUCAUUAUUGGUGGUGGAUCAAUACAGAUUUUUCUUGAAAUUGAUGGAGAUUGGAGCUUUUCAGAAACCAGAACUCAAAUUCACAAUUUGUGGUUUUUUGCCUGCAAUCUUUAUCUCUCUCUUAAGAAGUUAGAUGUCUAAACUUGAAUGUAUGAUGAAUUCAUUUGUUUAAAGAACGUUC